ACCACGCACUCGCUACCAGCCGACUGAAUGUCCUCGUCGUUUUGCUAAAAUAAAAGAAAGCUUUGGAGAGGUGUGUGGGUUCCUCUUCUACUCGGAUCCUCCGCCGGAGGUGACGCGGACUCACGCCGGCGCAGUUUUCCCUCGCGGGAACAUGGCGCCGCUUCUGGUCAACAAACGCCCAGGAGGCGGGAAGAGACGAGUUCCAAAGUGCUCCUCACAAGCCCCGCCCCCGCGCCACCUGUCCCCGCCCGGGCGGGAGGAGCCGCCUGCAGCGGGACUCCGUCGAGCAGCGAGUCGCACCGUCGAACCCCGCUGCGCCGGUUCGCUCCGGGAAGCCUCCAGAGGAGACGCGGAUUUUGGAGUCGGGUUUCCCGCUCAGGAGCGUCUCUUCCCUCCCGUGGGGCCAAGGUUCGACGUCACCUGGCGGCGGCGGCUCCAUGUUCCCGGAGAGUGUCCCGGAGAGUUCCUGCCGCUUGUUUCCGGGUCCGCAAUGAGCCAGGCGCCGCGCUCCAGCCCCGCGGGCCGCCGCGAGAGGAGGCCCCGAAACUCACCUGACGACAGGACGUGGUCCGGAGCGAACCAGCGAGCGCGUGACAGGGAGGUGCGAGUGGAGCGGCAGGAGUCCAAGUGCUCGCACGUGUGCUCCCGGAGAGGCAUCGUGCUCAUCGUGACGGUGCUCACCAACGCGCUGGUCCUCAUCUGCGUGGUGGCGGCCCAGAUGGUGGUCUCGGGCAUGACCUCCAUGGGAGGACUGGGCGGCUUCGACAUCAACGCCAACCUGCAGCUGCAGGGCACUGAGCUGCAGCAGGUGCGCGACCUGGACAUGCAGUACAGCCAGAUGAGGGCGCCGGGGAUCUACGGGGGCGUGGCCUUCAGCCUGACCAUGGGCGUGGUCUCCCUGCUCUUUGUGGUGGCCGGCAACAAACCGCCCCACCUGAUGUCCCGCGGGCUGCUGGUGGGGGCGCUGGCGUUCCAGGCGGCGGGCGCCGCGGCCUACGUGGUGGCCGUGGGCCUCUACCUGCACUUCAUCAUCGGCGUCAACGCCACAGACGUGUGCCAGCGCCGUGAGCGCAUUUACGCUCGGAACGGCUACACCUGGAUGAACUGCGACGUGAGCGGCGCCGACGCGGCCGUGGCCUUGUUUGGCAUCAUCACCGCCAUCUUGUACGCCUGCGGGGCGGGCUUGACCUUGGCCACCAUCCGGCAGGUCAAACGCUACCUGCAGAAGUCCCGCCAGCAGAGGGAGCCGCUCGGAGCGGCGACCACCUCCGUGUAGCGCCUCCCGUCGAAGCCUCAUCGGCGGCGUCGCGUCACCAGCAGGGGGCGCCCAGCAAACCUGCUGUCUCACAGUGCCACGUUGAAAACAUUGGAUUUUUUCCUACCUUACGGAUGGAACAUAGCGUGCUAAGCUAAAGCUCUGCGAGUCUGCCUUUGAUGUUUGAUUCCCUCCGAGCACGAAUCAAAUCACGAAUCUUUCACAGUUGUGUUUUAUUGUACUUUUUAAUAAAGCCA